AUGGCGGAGAUUGCCGGGCUUGUCCUGGGCGGCCUUCCCUUGGUCAUUUCGGCGGUCGAGGUCUUUGCAGAGCCCCUGGAGUCCUACCGGAAUUACAAAAAGCAGGUGCUGCAAUUCCACAGCUUGCUCGCUUUGCAAAGGCAAAAGCUCGAGGCCACAUUGUUGGACAUUGGGCUCGACACGCCGAGCAAGGACGAGUUGAGCCGAUACGUCCAGGCCAACGCCCCCAAGGUGGCCGACGAGAUUUUGUACAUCUACCAGUGCAUUGAAGAGGAGACGAACAAGGUCAUGCGCAAGUUCGGCAUCGAUUCGCGUACCAAGGUAACUCAUUGUUCCCAGGGGGUGCUACAAAAGUCACGAGUGCAAGAAGAAGAGGUGCGGUCGCAUGUCCAUGACGCACACUCUAAUCUAGUUUUCCAGUUUCAUGCGAUUCCCCGUUCUUCGCCGUCCGACAUGAAGCGCAUCUGGAACGCAAUCAGCGCAAAGCGGCGCAAGAAAACAAUCAGCCUUCUGAACGACCUCAACGAACAGUUGUGUGGCUGUCUCCAAGUGAGCAAGUCAGAGCUGAAGGCCGAGGACGACAAUCCCGUCGUCCAGCGUCUUGUCCAGCGCUUCGAUAUCAAGCAAUGCAAUUCUCUGCGGCAAUGCCUGGCCUCGCUGCACCGUGCCUUGGAGUCGAGCCUACUCUGUGGCUGUGAGGCUCCACACCACGCAGUUCUCGACGUGGACUGGCAUCUCGACGGGAAGGCCGUGGCCCCGGACGUGAAAAUAGCCGUGUCGUACCAACCGGGGACCGCCAAGAGCGCCACGCAGGGUGCGCCUUACUGGCGAACCGUGCAUGCCAUACCGACGCCUGCCAAGCAAGGGAACGUGGCGCUACCACAUAUGCAUACACGGCGUGUUCCGGCGCCAAACAGCGUUUCUCGGUCCUCUACGCCACCACGGACGCCAUCGCCUCCGGAAUUCCGACCCAGCCGCGUCAAAGUCGGUCCACCAGCCCCUUCGAGUCAGCUCUCCUUGCCAGCGCGGCAACCCGCCAUCAACAGUAAGACGAGAAUUGCGUUUUACGAGGGCAUAGUUUCCGUGUACGAGUCACUAACACAUAGCGCUUCUUUCUCUCCUCAUGCAGUACCACUCGAGCCCUUAACGCAAACCAUAACACCCCCCAAUCUACCAGUUGCGGCCAGCGUGUGUGUGUUUGUGUCUCCUGAUUUAAGCGACCAUGUGCUGCAAGACGACGACGAAGACCACGGGCGUGAUUUCCGUCUCCAACAGACAAAUGUGGGGGGGCCGAGAAUCACGCAGCUUGUUCCCAUCACAAAGGCGCUGAACCCGCCACAAAGCCACCAACGGCUGUCUCUGAAAGCCCGCUGUGGCCUGGCGGCGUAUGCGGCCAUGUCGGUUUUGCACCUGAGCAGUGGCCCGUGGCUCACCAAUGACUGGGACGGAAGUCGUGUCGGCAUCUUUUUCGAGCAGCCGGACAACAACGCGGAGCGACUCGCAGACCGUCCGUGCUUCUUUUCCAGUUUCGCGCCGCUACCACAGACGUUUCUUGGCGACGAAGGCGACCAUGGCGACCAUGGUGCCGACGGUGCCCUCCCACACGCGGCGGGCCGUAGCGCGUACGACAAGCGCCUGGCACCCAACAUCACGGUGUUUUCCCUGGGCAUUCUUCUGGUGGAGCUGUGCGUGGGACGGUGUUAUGCGGAUGCACGGGACGAUGCUCAGCAGCAGCAGCCUCUCGAAACUCCGUUGUCAAUGACCAAUGCUCGCUACGACUUUGCCAUGAGCAACUUGGACAAGGUGUAUGAGUUGGCAGGCGCUUCCUACGGAGAUGCAGCCAAAAAGUGCAUCAGGUUCAGCUUUCCCGGCCCGGACUCGCACAACAUCUUUGAGAUGGAGACGUUCCGCGGUAUCUUCUACCGCCAAGUUGUAGCACCUAUCCAGGCGGCGUACAACAGGCUUCUGAUUUAG